GAACCUCAAUGUGAUCCGGACGUGCAGUCGCGGCUAACGGCUUUCCUCACUGGUCAGGGAGGCGGCAACCACGGUUUCGAAACGUCUUUGGUUAGGUUGGUCCACAACGUACUGAGUCGGUAAGGUCUAUCAGGAGAGAACUACACAGGGGUUGCCUGUACAGGCACGAUAAAGCCAUUGUCUCCUGCCUCUCUAUUCUUUCUUCCAGCAUCUUUCUGUUCGAGUUCACCAGUCCCCCCAGCCUAGUGCUGCCAUUCUCUACUUGCGCUCUCUGUGAGAAGCCUUUACGCUACUUACGUCCUUUCAUUCGAGUUCUAUCACUCCUCACGAUCACUACCGGCGAACUCAACGGUCUCUUUCAUCUCCCAGGAUACAAUCUAGCCAAUAGAUUUUCAGUAGCCACAUCCGAAGCCACGUCACACAGUCCGACGACUAUAUCAGUACAGCUCUCUCACACUCUCUUUGAGAAGAUACCGCUGUAGCAGAAAUGUUCAGCUUAAUCUUUUUUGCGUUUGCUUGUUUCGCGUUCCUUUCUUUCGUUGCGGAAGCUUUGCCUGCACCUGCACCAUCUGCACCAUCGUUUUCGCUCAAAUCUUAUUACCACGGACCGGCAGCCUGGAGCCCCUCGGCCACGUACAAAUCGACUUCGACCUUCCCGACACUCUCUAUUGGAUCACAACACAUUGUACCCUCUGGAAUCGUCCCCUCUGGAUACCUCGCCUCAGGAUUUCACCCAACCGCAUCUGGAUAUGCUUGGCCUACUGGAACUGGAUUCCCAUCUGGAGUAACUGGAUAUCCUCAACCCACUGGAACUGGACUGACUAACGCCACCGCCUUCUCUUCAUGGUGGACAUCUUACCGUCAAUCUUCUUCUCAAGCUCUCUACUCGACAGCUUCUUACAACACCACCACCUCAGUUUCUGUCAACAGCACCACUGUUGUAACCUCAGCCUCGUUCAUCGCCUCGUCAACAUCAGUUGCUGCCUCAAGCACUGCCCCUGCUUCUACUGGAUCUGUCGCCCUUCCCGAUGUUCUUCGCGGAGUCAACAUCGGCGGCUGGCUCAUCCUUGAAUCUUGGAUGAACUGGGAUGUCUUUGCUGACACCGAUGCAAAGGACCAGUACUCCUUUGACAGCUGCGAUGGCGCCAAAGACAAGCUGGAGCAACAUUGGGCAAGCUACUUCACAGAGUCUGACGUCGAGGGACUAGCUGCCGCUGGAAUAAACGCUGUGCGUAUUCCCAUCGGUUUCUGGUCUUACGUCGAGUCAGCACCUUACAUUACAGGUGCUGAUGCCUACCUCGAGAAGGCCAUUGGUUGGUGCCGUGACCAUGGUAUCAAAGUACUUGUUGACUGCCACGGGUCCCCCGGCUCUCAGAAUGGGUUUGAUAACUCUGGUCGCUCGGGCACUGUGGCCUGGCAGCAAGACGACAACAUGGACUUGAGUAUCAGCAUUCUCGAGACCAUUGCCAAGAAGUACGGUGCUCAAGAGUACGCUGAUGUCGUCUUUGGUAUCCAGCUCGUCAACGAACCCAUCUCGUGGGAUCAGAACAACAUCUAUACGACCAAGGAGUGGGCGAAGAAGGCUUACACAGCCGUCAAGUCAGCCUCGACCAACCAAAAUCUUGCUGUGAUUAUGCAUGAUGCCUUCGAAAGCCCUUCUGAGUGGCAAGAGGUCGGCUCAGCUGUCAACGGAGACGCUUCUCUUUCCGACGCCAAGUUCUGGAUCGACACUCAUUUGUACCAGAACAUGGUUGCAGAUGACUCCAAACUGACUCAAGACGAGCAUAUCGCAAAGGCAUGCAACUGGCAGUCAACCGAGCUGCUGCCUUCGUCAUCCAACCUGCCUGUCAUCGUGGGCGAGUUCAGCGCCGCCACCAACAUCUGCGCCAACCCCGAUGGCUCCACCGUCGCUGGCAACGUCUGCUGGAUCGACGGCUGCCAAUGCUCUGCCAACGUCAACAUCGAGGACUGGAAUGAGCCUUUGAUCGCAGCAACCCGCAAAUUCCUCGAAGCUGAGCUCGACACAUUCGAAGCCCACGCUCGUGGAUACUUCAUGUGGAACUUCAAGGGCCCUGGCGCUUGGGGUUACCAGAAUGCUAUCAAGUAUGGCUUGAUUGGAGACAAGAUCACUGACAGGAAGUACCCUGGUCAGUGCAGCGCAUGAGCACGAUGGAUGAAGAGAAAAGAUAUAUAGAGAAGGCGCUGGUCGCCUAUGACAAGGUCAAAAAGUUUGCGAUAUACCCCUGCCAUGAUUCAAUGGACUAGACUUCGACGAGAUUCGAUUUUUUGUAGAUAGAUUUUUAGA